CUCGGUAAGCCGAUGAUGUCGUAACUCGUAAUAUAUACGUAUAUAAUAGUCCUAAGUCGUAUAUAGUGUGCAAUUCACGGAAUUGGCGACUUUCUUAACAACAACAAAAAAUACACAAACUGUAUACGUGUACAGCGAAGUGAUCAACUUAUCGGGAAGACGUCGUGCCGGACAGGUGCAGUUGAAAUGGGAGACAGCGUCCUGCGGUUAUCGGACCCACCGGACGAACAGCCACUGCAGUUGCAACGGCGUGACGACGGCGACGGACAAUGGCGAUUCGACCACAGUGACGACGCCCGCGAAAACGGCACAGGCGACGUGGUUGCCAUGUCGUGGUGCGACGACCGACUGCCGGCCACCGUGGCCAACGUUGCGGCCGCGAUCAUCGGUGUGGCCAUAGCGUGGUCGCUGCUGUACGUGAACGUUUCGCCGGAGCUGAUGGCCGUGCCCGGCGGCAGUCUGUCUUCCAUAUUCAUGCUGUACGUUAUCGGCGCGGCGGCCGGCUGGGUUAUCAACAAAAUUAUUGGCCUGCCGCCGCGGUUUGGCAUGCUGUUAGCCGGCAUCGCACUCCAGAACGCCGGUCUGUACACUGUCACCGGAUGGUGUUCACAUCUGGUAUCCUUUAUCAGAGAAGUCUCACUUGCCGUGACAUUGAUCAACGGCGGACUGGAGCUGGAUGCCAGUCAGUUGCGUCGGCUCAGCGGUGUCGUAGCCAAACUCACGUUGUUGCCUUGCUUAGCUGAAGCCGCCGCCGUAGGAAUCGCCGCACAUCUAAUUUUGCCCGGUUUUUCGUGGCAGUGGAGCCUGGUUCUCGGGUUCACACUGUCUGCCGUUAGUCCAGCUAUAUUAGUGCCGGGCCUAUUCCAACUGAAACGUUUGGGCUAUGGUGAAGUAAAAGGCGUUAAUACUCUGUUAAUUGCCGCGUCGAGCCUGGAUAAUAUUGUUUCCAUAUGCGCAUUUCGAAUAGUACUAGGUGUUCUAUUUAUGACUGGUAGUGUGACUAGUAAAAUAAUUCAAGGACUCAUCGACGUAUCUUUAGGAACCGUGUUGGGAGUCAUAUGGGGUUUCUUUUUGAUUUUUGUGCCUCCAUCACCGUGGGCCAUGAUAUAUAAAAAACCAAAAACCGAAAACAGUAUCACUUCACAACGGUUGAACCGGUUGAUAACAGCUAAAAGGUCGUUCCUACUGGGUGCUGGUGGAUUUCUAGUGAUGACCGGCAGCCGAUGGUGUGGUUAUCCUGUGGCUGGUCCACUGGCGUGUAUCAUAUCAGCGUUUGUGGCUAGUACCGGUUGGAGGUGGAGAUUGAAAAUGCAAAAUCGAAAUAAUUCAACGAUUUCAGUCGAUGAAAAUUGUGAUGACGAGGAUCAGGACCAGGAAAAACCGGUCGAAAAGGUUUUCGAAUAUAUAUGGGACGGUCUCCAACCGUCCGUCUUCGCGUUUUUGGGUACUGACAUAAAAUUUGAAUUACUCAAGAACUUAGACAAGGUUUUAGGCGGAUUACUUGUGCUCACGUUUGGAAUCACAGUUCGUAUGAUUGUCACUACAUGUUCGGUAUUAGGCUCGGGAUUCAGUCGUAAGGAAAUCAUAUUCGUCAACAUUUCGUGGCUUCCCAAGGCUACCAUACAGGCUAUUCUAGCUCCGUUUGCAUUAAUCAUAGCGAAAGACUUGGGUACGCCAGAAGACGUCGAAUGUGGAACUCGACUGGUGACCAUCGCAGUGAUCUCCAUUUUGUUCACUGCGCCUAUAGGGUCGAUCGGCAUAAAACUAUUCGGUCCUCGUCUAUUGCCUAGAGCCAAUUGACUGAUGGAGGUAUAAUGGAAAUAACCGUGUUUGAAUUUUUUUUUUUGUUUUUACAUUAUUUUAUAACAUUUUAUUAGUAGGAUUUAAUUAUUUUGAAAUAUUGACGCAUU